AAGGUAGGUGAGCAGCCCGCUCUGCGAGUACGUGAACUGUCACAGGAGUAGAAUGGAACACCUUGUCGAUAGAGUCGUGCGAUUUAUCUUCCUGUAUUUGUUGAUGUCUGCGAAACUUGUUCUUCACUACGUACAACACGUCGAUACAAUUAGAAUUACGUUUGCAAACACAUAUUGAUACCUAUGUUUGUCAUUGUCGUGUGAAUGUCUUCGAAGAGAACCACAAUCAUGUUCGACGUCCCUCGGGGCCUUUUCUAUUUUUUCGUUGCGGCAACCACGCUCGAAUUUGGAAGUAGGCAUGAGUCCUCUCCUCCGCCUGCAUCGCUGGGCUUCGCCACCGCUCUGUCUGUCAAAUCGUUUUUCUACAACUCCAAUGCUCGACUUACUACAUCAACCGCGUCGAGCAGCAGUGGCAGUAGUGCGCCGUCCUUUGUACCUCUCUCGUCCUCAUCUUCGCAACACGACAGACUCAAUACCAGAGAGCGACCAACCGACCGCCGUGUUUUACAGGCGUCGGAAGCUGCUGUGCCAGGAGGACGACAGACCGUGCGGGCGCCGGAGCAGGUGCGGAUGUCGUGUGGGGGAAUGGGUAUUUCGCCGAAUGAGGCUGCGGGUCCGAGUAGAAACAAGAGUGGCACGACGACACCGCUAACCUCGACAGACCUGCGGGUCUUUUUUGCCCUGCGCUGGACGGGAUACAAGCCUAAUUUCUUUCGGCAGGAAGUAAAUAAUCCGUCUCGCGGCAGGAAGGCACCUGGAACGUCAAAAGUCCUCAGUACGCCGGUGUUUCCUUGCGCAAUUUGCCUAAAAGAGGACAUUUUCAGCAAUGCGGAUUAUCAUGCGCCAGAAGACCACCCGAUAGAUUCGAGUAACAGAGGACAACAAGGCGGCACCGCAGCAGCGCCCGGAGAAGAGGAGCGAGAGCAGCAAUCUACGCAAAAUAAGCCCAGGAGCUCUUUUUCGGGCGGAGAAUCUAGUACGAUAGCCGGCGGCGCUAGUCGUGUACCAUUCCCGAGUCCCUCCUCUUCCAGUUCUUUUUCCACGUUGCAACCCACGACCGCAAGCCGCGCGUGGUCGCUGCGAAGUUCGUCCAUGACAAACGUGCCUGAAGACGAAAUCUUCCCACACGAUAGGGAUGAACAUGAAGCCACUUGUUCACAACUGCGCCCGCAACCAGUAGGGAGCUGUGUAGUUCGCAGCUCGGGUCAUGCGGUCGUCCAGCAGCAGACUUUGCUGCCCUUCACUGGUCGUGACGAAAGUUCAGUAGACGUCGAUCGUGGCGAAGUUAUCAGUGUUGAUCAGGAGCAGGAGUGUGGAAACGAAUGCACUGCGGAUUCAUGCUCGGUUCUUUUCCCGCCUCUUUGCUCCGUCACUACUCCGCUGAUCUGCACGACAAGAGAACGCGGAAAUGUUGUAUUGGGGGAAGAUGAUGAUGGCAGAAAUUAUACGCUUGUUCACCACGCAGCAGGCACCUCCACUGGUGCGUCCGGAGCUACGAACACAAAUGGAUGUACUUCUGCGACACCGGUACCGGUAGAAACAAGCACGAGAGCUUGUAGAGCGGCUGUUACUUGUUCAGGUGCGGGAAUUAUAAACCGUGAAGAGGUACAACUACAUGAUGCAAUACCCAGCACAACAUCAAGUGCAACGAAACCGCCAUCAGCAAGCGCCGAAGAUGACCCGAAGCUGCACAACCGGGUUGUCCUCUAUGCCUGCGGACAUUCCGCGUGCUUAAAAUGUGCAGAAAAGUGGCGAAGGCGCAACCUCGCCUGCCCCGUGUGUCGCACGGGCGUGGAUACCGAAAAGACGCUCCGGUACGUCCCGUUGCACCUGCAGCAAGCCAGUCGGUUGAGACAAAAUAGCUGGCGGAGUGAUUGCCGCUGUUCGGCGCACGUUUGCCCGAACCAAGCAUGCUUCAGCGAGGAGGAGCUGUGUAGAGGCUUGGAAAGUCUGCUGCUGCGGAGCAGUAGUGGUGCUGGGGAUCAGGAACAUCAGAACACCGACCACUUUGAGGGGAGUAGAUGUGAGAUGAAAAACGAAAUGAACCGCAGUUAUACUAUUGGAAACACGGCUGCUGCUGCUGGUACUAGUAGUUCUCUGCUACUGCAAGAACAAUCCGAAGCGGAUCUGACGAGAAAAUGGGAAACCUUCGUCAACCGCGCGGAGCGAGAGUACGCCGCGUUCGUGGAAAGAGCGGCCGUCGAGGGUCCAGGUUUGCAUGGAGAAUGGCCUGCUCUUUCCUCUCAGGAGGAGAUGACUGGCGACGAAAGUGACGCUCAUCAACAAGGGCCGGCCCUCUUGUCCCCCGCCUCCGAGGACCACAGUAGGUCAUCUACCGCGUUCAUCGGAGCUGCGAUGAACAGAAGCGGGCCAAUAUCUGGUACUAAGCAAGGCCGGUCGCAGGCGGAUUUCGUCCGGCAAAAGGCAGUCGAAGAUCUACUCAGAGGAGAAACAAGCCCUUUCACUGCAGGACAAAUCUGCACGGGGAUCGUCGCCCAGGCGUAUAGGCUGGACCAGCUCGUGAAGAUAAAGUCCGACGCAGCGAGACGAGCACGCUGGGUGCAACAGCGACAAGCGCGUAUGCAGGCGCUGCGCGACGAGCGGUCCGAAGGGAGGACAGCAGAGUGGGAGCCGCUCAGAGCAGCUGGCAGGGAUGAUAGAAGAAGUCGUGCGCAGAAUAAUCAUGUCGCUCAAGAAGAACUUGAACUAGCACCACCCGCACCUCCACCUGCCUACCCCUUCCUGCGAAGAACGGGAAGUAGCAGACUGCGCGCCGCGGCUGCCGUGUUUAAUAAUGCGGGGGAGGUGGAGCAGGGCGGGGCUGUUGACACUCGGAAUGUCGGAACUGAUGUCAUCAACAGCGCAGGUGUAGGAUCACUACCACUUCCGCCGGGGGCGGCGCCUCCGGCAAGUAUUGGCGAUGCGGGGGUACUCGUACAGGCGAAUGAAAAUACUAGUCCGUCAGAAGAAGCUCCUGCUGUCGCUGGCCUCUCAGAGCUAACUGCAUUACAAGAAACGCAUCGCCGCGCCAGACGCCGGAGAACGCACCGAUUGAGGCGCGCGCAGGCGGUGGGCGGAGCCGCCUCUCUAGGAAGGUCCUCUGAUGACGACGCGACUACGGCCAGCAAUGCGACUACUAAGAGGAAGAGACGGGUCAAUUUUCACCGGCCGCUCGGAAAAGAUUUGAAAAUUACCGAGGCGGAAGAUCUACUUUGUUCUUCAUCAGAUAAUUUCACGGAGGUUCAGAUGAAGCAGAUGGAUGCAUUUCUCGAGAGCCGGUGCGAGAAAGAAGGGCGAAAGCUUCUCUGCCAAGCCGCGGGAGGUCCUUGUUGCGUCGUGUUUUCCGAUGCACUUUGUUGCGUUCUUUCCGGAUACAGUUGCGUAGCAGCCCAUUUCGCUGCGGUUUCCGCGGCGACGCAAGCGGAAUUUUUGCGGCGCGUGGCUGCCGGCGUUUGUGCACAAAGUUUGCUGUGUGCGGGGUAUCUACCGAUCACCCGGGUGCCAGAAUCCUGUGUGGCGGAGUGCGCUGCGUGUCUAGGCCCCUGCCCGGACCCUGGUGUGAUGCGGAAAUUUCUUGCGGAAACGUGCGGGAAGGCGCGGGACUGGUUGCUGUGGCCGUAUUCCGCCUUGCUAGAUCUCUGCAACACGCCGGCCGCAGUGCAGAAGGGGCUCCUGCGCAGCAUCGAAAAGGCGGCCGCGCAUAGGUGUGUGAAAAAUGGUAUGCACGAACACGACGAGGACGACGAGGGAGCAGGUUAUUUUUGUCAAGAACGACGAGACGGGGAGCCUGCUAUACAACUUCCCAGCUCGGAAAACAACAUCCACGACGCUGAAAUAGAAGCAACUGGUACUGGUGCCACUUCUCGAGAUCUUGCGAACCAAUUUUGUUUUUCCUUUUUCGAUUCUGAAACGCGGGCGAAGCAAUUUCUCGACCGACAUCCAGACUUGAGAAUACUGAUCGCAGAUCUGUGUGCCGUUGCACAGUGCUCGGAAUCGUGACGGGAAUGGUUUAUGUGCCUGCCACCUUUUACGAUUGGAUUUACCGAUCGUGCGCCAGCACACUUGUAAUCGCCGGGGAAAGGCGUG